AUGUCAGCAAAACACCCAUUUCCAUCUUGGAUUUCGAGGACAAUCACUGCAUUUUAUGAAGAGGAAUGUGGAAUUUCGCGGAUUUUUGAUUGGCAAAAUGAAGUUCUACAAGGGGAAGAGGAUGAGGAAAAUAAGAGGAGGAAUUUGGUUUUUAGUGCUCCGACAAGUGCUGGAAAAAGUUUGGUCGCUGAAUUGAUUGGUAAGGAAAAUGACAAAAUGAUUGAUUGAUUUUUCAAUCUGUAGGUAGGUCAAAUAGGUAAUUUUUGACCUACUACAAGCUUUGAUUUUUUGAACCCCACAAAAAACAAACAUUCAAUUUUUUUGCAGCGUGGCGAGUCGCAAAAUCAGGCAAAAAAGUGCUGUUCGUUCUUCCCUACAUUUCUGUGGCUCGUGAAAAAUUGCACAUUCUGCAAAAAUCUUGGAGACGCGAUGAUAUUUCAGUUGCCGGUUUUAUUGGACCACACGCUUCGAAUCCGAAUGAAUGGAUUGGUGCAGUUUGUACUAUUGAAAAGGUUGGUCUUGAAAAUUCAAAUUGAUUUUCACUACAAAUAAUGAAUUUUAGGCUGCAGGUUUGGUGAAUCGGGCUUUAUCUGAAGAAUGGUUUGAUGAAAUUGGAAUGAUUGUUGUUGAUGAACUUCAUAUGAUUUUUGAUGGAUCAAGAGGAACUCAUAUUGAUCAUAUGCUCACUAAAAUCCUUUUUUGGAAUUCGCAAAACCCUGAAACACCUGUUAGAAUUAUCGGAAUGUCCGCGACAAUCCCACAAAUAAAUAACAUCGGAAAAUGGCUAAACGCAAAAAUCCACGUGGCAAAAUUUAGACCCGUCGAACUUGUUGAAAAUGUGAUAAUUGGGCAAAAAAUGAGGAAAAUCAACACAUCUCUUGGAAAAUUUGAAGAUGUGAUUUUACGAGAUUUUUGUGGUUCAAAAGAAGAUGCGAUCGUUGAAUUAAGCCGAGAGAGUUAUCAUAAAUCGAUACAGACUUUGAUAAUGUGUUCGUCGAAAAUUGAAGUUGAAAAUGUGGCAAAACAAAUUGCGGGGAAAUUCAGUGAACUCAAGAAAAUAUCAUCGGAGGUUAUUAAAAAUCGAAUGGAAGGAUUGUUAUUUGUUAGACAAGGAUUGGAGAGAAAUGGAUGUAAGGAUAGAAUAUUAAUUGGUGUUUUGGGAUUAACGAUUGGUUUUCAUCAUGCUGGUAGGUGAGCAAAUUUCGCUAGAAAAUACGGGAUUUUAUCUGGAAAAAAUCAGGAAUGUGAAGAGAAUCUCAAAAUUAAACAAAAAUCCUUGCCCCCCCAGACAAUCGGCAGUGAAUUCUAAUAAUUUUAAAGUUUUCCAGGCUUAACUCUAGAAGAACGUGAAUGUAUCGAACAAGGAUUUCGAGAUGGUCAUAUUCUUAUAUUAGUUGCCACAAGUACACUAGCUUCUGGUAAAUUUACAAUUUUUAACACAUAAUUUUCAUACAACAUAUUUUCAUUCAGGCGUAAAUCUUCCUGCGGAAAGAGUUAUCAUAAAAUCGCAAACUCGAGGACCAUCUCCUUUGAAUUCAAUGACUUAUAAACAAAUGAUUGGAAGAGCUGGAAGAAUGGGACAUGCGAAAAAAGGUAGGAUUUUUUGGGAUGAAAAUUUUUGA